AUGAAGAAGCUCAUGAGGGAAGAGUUUGAACGGAGGGAACAAAUUAAGGCAGGAAAGCGCAAGGAGUCUAGAGAUCACAUCCAUAUCUCGGAUGAGGAGAGAAUGACCCUAUGGCCUCAAGAAGGAUGGCCGAUGAGCAAGCCAAUGCUUACUACAACAGUGGCCAUUCCUCUCAAGGAAGCAGGCGCCGCUCUAGAAGGCAUCGCGAUGAUCCAGACCAAAAAUCUUGGAGGAUACAAGAUCCGGAUUCCCCCUUUCCAUGGCAACAACAAUCCUGAUGAGUACAUGGACUGGGAGAAGAAGUGUGAGUUCAACUUCAACUUACACAACAUAUCCAACAUCAACAGAGUCAAACUGGCGGUCUCUGAGUUCAAUGACUAUGCCCUAAGGUGGUGGGAACAAAUCGUGACCGCAAGAGAGAUUGGUGGAGCUCUUGAGGUCUCUACCUGGGAAGAGAUGACAAGGAUCAUGAGGCAGAGGUUCAUACCUAGCUACUAUCAGAGAGAGCUACAUUCUAAGCUCAGGAGGCUCACUCAAGGGUCCAAAACAGUUGAAGAAUACUUCCAGGAGAUGGAAGUAAUGAUGCUAAGGGCUAAUGUGAUUGAGGACAGAGAAGCCACUAUGUCCAGGUUCCUUGGAGGGCUCAACCGCGAGAUCCAAGACAUUGUGGAGAUGCAAAACUGUGUGGGCUUGGAGUCUAUGCUACACAAAGCGUUCUGGCCGAAACAACUCAAGAGGAGACGCUCAACAGCGAUGAACUGA